AAUACGACAGGAUACCCCGGUGCUGCACAACCGACCUUUUCUCCACAGACGCCACAGCAAUAUGGUGGUAGUUCACAGUGGGGAGGUGGGGCCCCAGCUGGACAGAUGGGAUACGCGCAGACAGGUUCGGGUUUCGCACCCUCGAGUCAGUUCGGACAGCAGGCGAUGGGGCAGAUGAACGGCUUUGGGACGGGUUAUCCGCAACAGCAACAGCAGCAGCAGCAGCAGCAGCAAGGGUAUGGGUAUGGUCAGCAGCCUUACGGACAACUGCCCCAGCAGCAGCAGAACCAGCCUUACGGUGGAAACUCGUACCUCUCCCAAUUCGAUCCUUACUCUCCUUCCAACUCCAAUCCAUCUUCCCAACCCGGCUAUUCAUCUACACCUGGUCCCAACUCGUCUUAUUACGGAGGAGGGGCUCCUUCGUCUGCCAAUGGCCCUCAUCCGCGCCAAUACGUCAAUACACAUAAAUCCGAAUUAGAGACCUGGGAUACUGUCUCGUGGAAACAGGCGCUUAGUACGUUUGAGUCGCUUAAGAAUGCAUGGGAGGAGAGAAAGAGAGCAGUGGAAGGAAGGAUUAGAGCCAUGGGUGGAACAGUGGGCGGCGCGCCGGGGCUGUUCGCAGGCGGGGGAGGCGGGAUGGGCGGAGGAUAUGGAGGGUAUGGUUAUAAUCCGCAACAGCAGGAGAUAGAUCGGUUGAAUGAGCUUGCGAAGGAGGCCACCUCAAACAUCGAUACUGUGGCGGCCGCAUCUUUCCAGAUGUCAGAGGUCGUGAAUGGGUACCGCCACUCAGGCGACCUCGCCUCCAAGCGUCGUGUUCGUGAAUCUUCUAAUGCGGCCCUGGCAGGACUUCCUGAUUGGCCGCCGCAAGGAUUUUGAUCCUACGAGCUGUUUUGUCGCCACAAACCCACUUGAUCUCGGUGUAGAAUGUCGAAGAGGUGUAGUCUAGCCAGGGUUGUAUCCUUUCCUGUUGUGUUUUUAGGUAUAAGCAUCCAUAGGCCGGACGGUUAUCGUUGUUGUAAUUUUCAUGGUAUUUAUGAAACUAGCAUGUGCCCGUGCGUCCGCACGGCUGCUUGACAAUAUUUU